CCCCUCGGCGGAGCGCGCAGGGUCCAGUGCGCCGGCGCAGGCACCACCUCCUCGCUCGGCCCCGCCUCACCGCCGCUUCGCUCAAGGAGUCGGGCCCGGGUCGCUUCUCCCGAUCCCCCCUGCGCGUUGAGCCUGCGGAAGCAUGGCGGGGGAGAGUACGUCGGCGGUGCUCUCCGGCUUUGUGCUCGGCGCGCUCGCUUUCCAGCACCUCAACACCGACUCGGACACGGAAGGUUUUCUUCUUGGGGAAGUGAAAGGUGAAGCCAAGAAUAGUAUUACUGAUUCCCAAAUGGAUGAUGUUGAAGUUAUUUAUACAAUUGACAUCCAGAAAUAUAUUCCAUGCUAUCAGCUCUUUAGCUUUUAUAAUUCUUCUGGUGAACUAAAUGAGCAAGCACUGAAGAAAAUAUUAUCAGGUGUCAAAAAGGCUGUGGUUGGUUGGUACAAAUUCCGACGUCAUUCAGACCAGAUCAUGACAUUUAGAGAGAGACUGCUUCAUAAAAACUUACAGAAGCAUCUUUCAAGCCGGGAACUGGUUUUUCUGCUGUUAACACCAAGUAUAAUAACAGAAAGCUGCUCUACUCAUCGGCUGGAGCAUGCCUUAUAUAAACCUCAGAAGGGACUUUUUCACAGGAUACCAUUAGUGGUGGCCAAUCUGGGCAUGUCUGAACAACUGGGUUAUAAAACUGUAUCAGGUUCCUGUGAGUCCACUGGUUUUAGCCGAGCAAUAAAAACACACAGCUCUGAAUUUUUUAAAGAAGAUGGAUCUUUAAAGGAGGUACAUAAAAUAAAUGAAAUGUAUGCUUCUUUACAAGAGGAAUUAAAGAGUAUAUGCAAAAAAGUAGAACACAGUGAGCGAGCAGUAGAGAAACUACUAAAGGAUGUACACAGAUUGAAAUGGGAAAUUAAAAAAAUAAAACAGGCACAAAUUCAAGUAGCACGGGAGACCGUCGAAAAAGAUCCUCAGGAGAACAUUUUUCUUUGUGAAGCUUUACGGACCUUUUUUCCAGAUUGCGAAUUUCUUCAUUCAUGUGUUAUCUCUUUGAAAAAUAGGCAUAUUUCUAAAAGUAGCUGUACUGCCAACCACCAUCUUGAUGUGAUAGACAACCUGACCUUAAUGGUAGAAUACACCGACAUUCCUGAAGCUAGUCCAGCUAGCAGUACACCGCAAAUGAUUAAACAUAAAGCUUUAGAUACUGAUGAUGGAUGGCAAUUCAAGAAGUCACGGCUGUUAGAGACACAAAACAAACCAUCUAAAACAGAUACUGAUAGUAGUAAUCAAGAAAAAGCAUAUACAUUGAGCAGCCCUGAAAUAGAUGAAGAGAUUGAAAGAAUGAAGGGUUCUGGUGAAUAUCCACAGUCUCCUACAUUUUGAUCUUUUUAGGCCAAAAGGAGAGCUUUGAUUGGCUGAAGGGUAAAGCCAGACAUUUAUAUUGUCUUUACUAUGUUCAGCAAUUUGCAGUAAUACAUAAGUUCUAGUGCAUUUAUUUUUUAAGGCACUUUAUUUUAAAACCAUAACGUUUUUCUGCCCCCUACCUUUUGAAAGAUUUUAUUUUUAACUAAUCUCCUACACCCAGCAAGGAGCUUGAACUCACAACCCCAAGAUCAGGAGUCACACACUCCACUGCCCAAGCCAGCCAGGUGCCCCUUUUACAAAACUGUUGAGGGAAAGGCUUAAUUUAAGUAGAUGGUUCUUUUAAACUUAUAUAGCAUACUUUAGAAUUGGAAAAGAAAGACUAGCAUUAGAACACAAUAGAAGAAGAUGUCUAAAAAUAUGAAGAGGUAUUUCAUUUUUAUUUAAGUCAUUACAGUUUCUACUCCUUAAGUUAUAAGUGGCUAGGGUUGCCAGAUAAAAUGCUGGAAACAUGCAAUAUUAGGGACAUUCAUUAAAUUAUUCAUUGGUUACCUGAAAUUCAAAUUUAAUUGCAUGUCCUAUAUUUUUAAUUGCUAAAUCUGGCAGUUCUGAUUAUGGCACAACUAAAAUACAGCACAAAUAAUCUCUUCCUAGUCUAGAGUCCUCUACACAAAAUUGAGUGAAUCCAGUACUUGAGUACAGGACAAGUCUGGUAAUGGUGUGUCUGAGGUCAGUAGCUGGUCAAGUAGCUAGAAACACCAGUUAAAGUGGGAACCAAAAAUGGUGCAUAUGUGUAUAUAUAUUUAUAUAUACAUGUCUAUCGCAGAUUUCAUUUUAACAUAAAGUGGAGUUGUACAUUCA